ACACACAAAACUCCCACCAAGUACACAACAGUACAGCUGACGCCAAGACUCAUCUAGAUAUACUCACAAACAUACAAUCUUAUUCUAUGUAUCUCUGUUCCCACCGCACUAUCUCAUAUUCGUCACUUUUAUAACCGCCCUUGUUGCCCAUAAGUCCAGUCAUCAUAAGAUUUAUAUUCGUGUCACUUUGUGCAGACACCCACCACGUUAACAUAUCUUCCUCUUCACCCAAUAAAAACAAUAUUUAAAUAGAUUUAUUACAAUUUUUAUUUCCAUUUAUACCCAUCUUUCGCAGCCAAGAUUUUGUGCUACAGUUAUGAGGCUUUUUGUGUAUGUGUUGGAGGGCAGGGACUGGAUAGUUGAGGAGUCGUACGUUAAAUUACAAGUGGGGAAAUUUAAAUCUAAGACGAGGGUGUUGAAGAACACGAAAAACCCGGUUUGGAAUGAGGAGUUUGCGUUUAGAGUUCAUGAUUUGGAGGAGGAGCUGGUGGUGUCUGUGUAUCAUCCGAGGGAUGAUCCGGGUUUUUUUAAUGGGUGUGGAGAGUUGGUGGGUCGGGUCAAGAUUCCGGUUUGGUCUGUUGCUGAUGAAGAUAAUAUGAAUUUUCCACCUACUUGGUUUACUAUUCAGAGACCCAAGAGCUCAAAGUCUGGGAACAGAGAUGCUGGAAAAAUCCUGGUCACUCUUUCUCUGCAUGGAAGAGAUCCUGAGAAUAAUUCCAGUGAACCACCAUUGUAUGCUCAACCAAAUAUCAUUAAUGGAAAUGGUGAAGAUUGGGAAGGUAUGUACGCUUCAUCACAAGAUAAUACCAACUCAAAGUCACCAUCUCGUCAUAAGAUCCUGGGGGGAAAACAUUUAAUGAAACCCAUUGCUGGACGAUUAAAGAAGCUCUUCAAUAAGAAUGAGGAUAGCUCAACAGUUGAUGAUUCAUCUGAACUAUCUACUACAGUGUCUGAUUAUGAGGAUUGUGUAGAUGAGCAUCCAGCAGAGGAGCCUAUCUCCGGUCUUAGUUUUGAUGAAUUGAUGGAAAUGGUGCGGUCAGCAACGAUAGACAGGGAAAUGCCAGAGAAUCUGCAGGGGGGUGUUCUUGUUGAUCAGACAUAUGUUGUGCCUCCUAAAGAGCUGAAUGAGGUUCUUUUUGCUCCGAAUUCACAGUUUAAGAGAGACCUAUCAGAUUUGCAAGGAACAACAGAUGUUCAGGAGGGGCCUUGGAAUUGGAAAUCAGAAGAAAAGUCGUCUUUAACACGAGUUGUUGCCUAUACAAACCCACCAUCAAAACUAGUAAAGGCUGUCAAGGCCACUGAAGAGCAGACCUAUAUUAAGGCAAAUGGAUCGGAAUUUUCUGUUUCUGUAAAUGUCAGUACACCAGAUGCACCAUAUGGCAGCACAUUCAAAAUUGAAAUUUUGUACAAGAUAACCCCUGGGCCAACAUUAUCUUCUGGAGAAGAAACCUCCCAUCUUAUAAUAUCAUGGAGCAUUAAUUUUCAUCAUAACACUAUGAUGAGAGGCAUGAUUGAAGGAGGAGUUCGUCAAGGAUUAAAAGAUAGUUUUGAUCAGUUUGCUGGUUUACUGUCUCAAAAUUACAGAACAUCAGAUCCUUCAGCUAUGUCAAAUAAAGAUCAAAUGCUGGAAAAUUUGCAGACUGAGCACCAGUCAGAUUGGGAGUUGGCAAUUGAAUACUUUUGGAAUUUCACUGUAAUUUCCACCAUUUUCACAGUGAUGUAUGUUUUUGUGCAUAUACUACUAUCUGGGACAAGUAAGCUACAAGGAUUGGAGUUUCAUGGUCUUGAUUUGCCAGACAGUUUUGGAGAACUCAUCACCAGCGGGAUUCUAGUUCUUCAGCUUGAGCGCGUUUAUGUCAUGGCGUCUCAUUUUAUAGAGGCGAGGUUUAGGAAAGGAAGUGAUCAUGGAGUCAAAGCACAAGGUGAUGGAUGGGUGCUUACAGUAGCACUAAUUGAAGGGACAAAUUUAGCUUCCUUAGACUCGGAAGAGCUACCAGAUCCCUAUGUAGUGCUCACCUGCAAUGGAAAGACACGAACAAGCUCUGUCAAGCUUCAAACUCUUGAUCCUCAAUGGAAUGAGAUACUUGAGUUUGAUGCCACAGAAGAACCGCCAUCAGUGGUGGAUGUUGAAGUUUUUGACUUUGAUGGUCCAUUUGACCAAGCUGUUUCACUUGGGCAUGCUGAAAUUAAUUUGUUAAAACACAAUUCUACAGAACUGGCAGACAUGUGGGUUCCUCUUGAGGGAAAACUUGCUCAGGCUUCUCAGUCAAUGGUGCACUUGAGAAUAUUUUUGGACAACAAUAAUGGUGUGGAUACUAUUAAAGAGUAUUUAAAUAAGAUGGAGAAAGAAGUUGGGAAGAAGUUGAACCUUCGGUCCCCUCACAGGAAUUCUACAUUCCAGAAACUUUUUUCAUUGCCACCAGAAGAGUUUCUCAUUAGUGAUUUUUCGUGUUCCCUUAAAAGGAAGAUGCCACUACAGGGACGACUCUUUCUAUCUUCAAGAAUUGUUGGUUUUUACGCAAACUUGUUUGGACACAAGACCAAAUUUUUCUUUCUUUGGGAAGACAUUGAUGAUGUUCAAGUGCUUCCCCCGUCCCUGGCAUCUUUUGGAAGUCCCUUGCUUGUUAUAGUUUUGCGAAAUGGUCGUGGUCUGGAUGCUAGGCAUGGUGCAAAGUCUCAAGAUGAUCAAGGCAGGCUGCGGUUCUAUUUUCAUUCUUUUGUAUCAUUCAGUGCAGCUAGCAGGACGAUUAUGGCCCUGUGGAAAACCAGAACACUGAGUCCGGAGCAGAAAGCUGAGAUCGCCGAGGAACAACAAGAACAAGAUGGCAAGUCCACUGUUCCUGAUGAGGAUUUCGCUUCGAUCGUUGAAGAUGUGAAGAUGUCAAAGAUCUACUCUGCAGAAAUUCCUGUUAAUGUCAAAUCAUUGAUGGAGAUAUUUGAUGGAGGAUAUAUGGAGCAUGUGGUGAUGGAAAGAUCUGGUUGUCUGAAUUAUGUAACUACCAGUUGGGAAGAAGUAAAUUCGAAUGUAUUUGAAAGGCGGAUGUAUUUCAAAUUCAACCGUCAAGUUUCAAUCUUCGGAGGAGAUGUGACCUGCACACAGCAAAAAUCUCCCAUUUCUAAUGGAUGGAUUGUAAAUGAGAGUAUGGUCUUACAUGACGUUCCUUUUGGCGACUACUUCCGUGUUCAACUGAGGUACGAGAUUGAGAAUUCCAAGCUUUCCAUUUCAUCAUGCAAGUGUGAUGUGUAUAUUGGUGUAAUGUGGCUGAAGAGCACCAAGUUUCAGGACAGAGUAACAAGCAACAUCGUUACAAAAUUUAAGCAUCGAUUGAAGGAAAUUUUUGAGCAGGUCGAGAGGGAGAUCUUAUUAGCAAGUCAAUAGUAUGCUGGCUACCCGGGGUAAUUAUCUAAGCGUCUUUUUCAGCCUCUCUGGUGGACUAAUUUAUCAUAAGACAUGUUCCGAUGUUUGUUGCAUGAUAGACUAUACAUACUACUGAUCUGCAGAAAUAUUUUUAGUGUGGCUGAUUUCAAGGAACAACGGAUUUACUAUAUAAUUAGUACGUUGUAAAUUUGGAUAGGGAUUCGAGUAGUCAAGGUCUCAAGGAUACUUUUUGCAUCAUGUAAAUAGCACUCAUUUCUCGCUGUGUUGUUAUGUAUCGGUGUUUUUAUAUUGUU